AUGGGUAACAGAAGUUCUGUAACACCAGUAGUGCCGUUUCCACAAUCGAACCAAAGCAGAUCAUCCGAGCAGAGAUUUGACAAUAGUCAACAACUGGAACAAAGUCCGGCAAUAACUACUACUGAACAACCAAAAAAUAACAGAAGUAGUAAAAAUCCUUUAAACGACGAUGAUAAAUAUGCUGAUCGAGAACGAAGUACAACUGAAAAACUUUAUGAUUAUUUACAAGAGAUCGCUUGCCGUUGGACCGACAAUGAUGCUGAGGCAAAAUGGAAUGAAGUAGAGAAGCAAAUUGAACAUAUACUUAAACAAGAUCUAUCGUGUCACUUCCCUUGUCAUCGUAGAAAGACAAUGGAAAAAUUGAUUGUAAAACUAAAUGAAGAAUUAUAUUCACCACUACAUAAUUAUCUCAAUGUACGUGGUAAUAAUGGUGAAACUGUACUUCAUAUGGUAGCUCGUGCAAAACAAGAAUCACAAGAACAAAGGAUGAUUGAACCUUUAUUGAAAGGUGCUAAUAUAGAAGCUUAUGAUGAUGAACAUCGUACACCGGUAUGCGAAAAUACUUAA